GAAUGCAGUUGAUUUUCUGUGGCGUCUCACCUCGCGCCUUCCCUCUUGUCUCACCCCAAAGUUGCCAUCUAUCGGUGUUGUUGUUGGAGUAAUGAUGGCGGCAACGGGAUGCGGAUCCGUUACUGUGCCAACUGUCGGAGUCACAGGUGGUGUGGCAGCAGCUCGAGGUCGGUUUCCCGGCCGACCAUUUUCAUCUCGUAGCCGUUUGCGAUCAGAGAGACGAUGGCAGUUAAGCCGGUCAAGGACAGAACCUGACGACAGUCCGACUGGAGGCCUGAGGCCUUCCUGCCUGGCACUUGGGUUGAGCGAAGACCAGUCUCAUCUGCGCUUGUUGGGAAUAGAAGCAAGCCACAAGAGCCUAGGAGAGGUUGGGUACAGCUCAAGUGGAAGCGAAGAAGGAGACGAUUUCCGAGGUUUUGAAAGUGAGAAUGGAAGCCCGCUGCGUUCGAGACAAAGACCUGGUCUAUUAAGAAGAAAUGUUGCAACAAAGCCUUCAAAAAAAGGUUGAAGAAACCCCCACAUGCGAUUUCCUCACGUCGAUCCAAUCCUUCAAAUGAUAUAUUUAUGGAAGAUAGCUCUCACACAGAAGAGGCUUCUAAAAAAACAAGGAAAAGGGCCUCUCCGAAACAGGAAGUGCCAUCUCCAAGGAUCACAAUUAAGUUGACAACUAAAGCAACACUGAAGAAGGAAGAUAGUGCUCCUCCAAAAGCAGUGCAGAAAAUGAAAGGACUCAAAUUCGCAUCAAAAGCCAGGAAAAUACAAGGCGCCCAAAUAUCUCGUGUCCAUGUGAAAUUAAAAAGAGGAAAAGAAGUUAUUGGAGAAGCACUUGGCUGUGGAGAGGGAGAUAAGGAUCAGCCUUUAAUAACGAAGCGCCGUGGCCGCUCCGCAAACAAAGCAGCAGAUUCCAAUGUUCCUGAGAAGUCCGAAGUUCAACGUCAGGACCAAAAAUCAGAUGCUAAGUAUCGAAACGUUGCACGCAAGCCAGAUUCUGCACUGACCAUUGAGAAAGUGGCCGAGAACGUUGAGAAACUUGAAGAAAGAACUGAUGAUGACAAAUUGCUCAUCAGGACCUGCCACAGAACCACUACUUUGCACCCUAAUGAUGAUGGAGGAUCAACGAAAAAGCAAGAUCAAAGUAUAAAAGGCUUGGCAGAAUCUUUAUUUGAGGCCUCGUCUUUCGAUGAUUUCAAGCCAGUGUCCAAAAAGAAAAAGAAUAAACGGAAAAAGAAAAACCACAAAGAAGCUCGAAGAAUCAAUACUGUAAUCCCUGUUGCAGGAGAUGCGCCUCCAUCCGUGGACUCCGAGAUGGGACAUUUUAAAACUGGCAUAGACAUGGGAAUCCCUGGUUUAAAGCUGACGAGGGUCAGAAAUACCAAAUCUUCAUCAAAAAGAAAGCGUAAUAAGUUUGUAUGGACCCUGACAUUGGUCCAAGGCAAAAGUAAGGGCGGUCAGAUGCAAGAGCUAGAAAAUUCAAGCAAAGGCAAUUCUAGCAUAGAUUCUCUUCAAAUGCACAGUUCUCCUCCAGAUGAAGCACUUGUUCCUCUGAGUGAACCUCCCUCAGAUGAAGUGGAAGCUACCAUUGAAAAUCCUCUGGUCAAACACGAGGAUCAAGAUGAGUCAUCUACACAAAGUGCAGAGGUUGGCACCCUGUCUCAUGAGCUGGAAACUCAAGAGCCUUCUUCUCCACAGGAAACCACUCCAGAGGAAACCACUCAGGCAGAAUGCGAUGAGUCGCAUAGUAAUGAGGUAGUCCCUCCCCUUCAGAUUAAGGUUGUUUCCACACCAAGAAAACUUGGCAGCUCAAAGCAGUCGUUUUUAAUGAAUCAAGUCUCUCAGACUCAGAGGGAGGGAGAGGUGUUUACGAAAGAUUUUUCAGAAACAGCAGAGUUGAUUGAAAGCUCUUCUCCAAUUCCACAAGUUAGACAGAGCUCAGCUGUCAGUACCAUAAGAAAAAAACGCUCGAGGCAUAAACCAUGGACAACCUACAAACGCAAGCCCAAAAAGAGCUCAGAGCAGCAGGACAAAUCAUCUUUUGCUGCGGAAUCUGAUUUGGAUCCCUUGACACCAACAACCCCAGAACAGAAUAGUAGCCAUGGUGGAUUUUCAGGACAAAAAUCAAGGCCAGGUGUGAAGAGGCCCCAAUUGACUGAUAUAACAGGUAUUCAGAAUGCAGAAAUGCCUGAACCUCUUUUACCAGAGUCAGUCCCAUGUAAAUCAUCUACUUUCCCAGAUGUUCAAACAGAAAUUAAAGAUGAAAGCGAAAAACAAUCCUUCCAAGAAAGAGAUGUGUUGGUGUUGGAGCCCUCAGGCAGUGAAGAUCUCAAAACGCAAACACGUAUCGUGAAGUUGCCACUCAGACAUGGAAAGAGAAGACGCAGGGUUUUGAUUGGACGAAGGAUGAAGAUGCAAAAGCAAGGGAAAUUACCAAAGGGUAACGAUAGUUGCUCCGCACUAACCUCGUCUAGCCCUGUCAGUAAACGAAUCGGUGUUCUCAACACCAAAUAUAGGAAAAGACAAGUACACACAGGACUUCAUUACUUGGAAACCCAGAGGUACAAAGCCAACAUGGAUAAUACAUCUAAACAAAGGGACAAGGUCUUCGGUGGAGAAGGGAAGAGUGGUGCUGGUGAUGAAACUAUGUCUGAUUCUACGGCAAGUCAGCGUGGCAAAUCAAAGUGUAUCAAAAAUAUAAAGCAUUUCAUUAUGCCAGUUGUUACCGCUCGAUCCUCUCGAGUGAUUAAGACUCCGAAGAGAUUUAUGGAUGACACUGGUAUGUCUGUUCUUCCACGUAGAAACUCCCCAAAGAAGGCACACCAAUUUAAUGUGCAAUCAAAGUUGCAGAAGAUCAGCCUUGAUUUAUCUGACAUAGAGGCCAAGUCUGUGUUUUGUGUGAAGGAGGAGGAGGAGGAGGAGGAGGAGGAGGAGGAUGAGGAUGAUGUGUCAACAGAAUCUCAGUUAAAUCUGGAUGUGGCCUCAACUCCGCCACUGAGUCAAAAGGAGGAUGUGGAUGUGGACAGCAGAACACAUCUACAAUCUCCGAAGAUUGCUGGAAAAAGGAGAUCCCUCUUGAGAGACCCCAGUUUCAAGUGGCACGCACUGGGACCAGUGGGAGAAGAAGUGUACACAUUGGACACAAACGAUGAAUAUGAUUAUGAAAGGUUUCUGGGUACCAAAGAGUUCCAAACUCUGAUGGAUUCUGAUCCAUCCACUUUACCGCUCUCCACCACUGAGGGAAAAAAGAAAAGAUCUCGAAAGUUCAACAAGAAAAUGUCAAACCUGAAGAAGCCCAAGAAGCUGAAGAAACUAAACCAGGGACUAGCAUGUCGGAAGAGGAAAAAGAUGGCACCCAAUGUGGUUGGAAAGACCCCCCUGUUGUUGCCUUGUGAUUUAGACAAGAUCAAACAAGAGGACGUAACGGGUCCAGAUCACUCCCCUCCCAAGGGUGAUAAAUCAAAGCUGAAGAUAGAAGACCUGGAUUCUCCUGGAGUUGUACGAAAGGUCUCUGUUAGUGUGCGUGCUCUUAGCUCCAAACUCUUGGCGAUGCAGUAUGGUGCACAUGACUUCUUUGAGAUGAAUUCCCUUCCAGACAAUGUACUGGACGAAGGCCCUGUGGUCUCUGAAGUCAGCAAAGUUUCACAGGAUGAUGACUUUGAACAUAGGCUUGGCAAAAAGCUUUUGAAUGCCGAAGAGAAGGGUGCAUCACAGCGUGUUCGCCUCACAGGCGCAAACAAAAGGAUGUUCAACCUUCUCAAGAAAGCCAAAGUUCAACUAAUCAAGAUCGAUCAGCAGAAACAGUUAAAGUCUGUUGGGCUUGUCACAGGUUCAUUUGCAUCACAGGAAGCUGGUGUCGGAGUAGUUAAGCGACGAAGAGGAAAACAUAAGAAGCUUUCCAAGUUAGAAAAGGGGGAUUGUCCACUAGACCAGGACGUUAAUAGAGCUGGACCUCGAAUUAAGCACGUGUGUCGAGCGGCUGCUGUCGCUCUGGGACAACCACGUGCCAUGGUGCCUGAUGACAUCCCUCGGCUGAGUGCGCUGCCCCUGCAUGAGCGUUCGGGCAUCUCCCCCUCCCUCCUGGCACAAGGUGUUGGAUCAGUUUGGGAUCCCGAGAGCCCAGAUCUACCUGAACAGAAGCCCCUCAAACUCCGCCGCCCCUCGCGGAACUGCUUUGGGCUCCGAUCCCGGAGAUGUGGCGAGUGCAAAGGCUGCGCACACGUAGAGGACUGUGGGAGGUGCAUGAACUGCCUCGAUAAACCGAAAUUUGGUGGGCCCAACACUAAACGGCAGUGCUGUGUAAUGAAGAGGUGUGACCAGAUAGAAGAAAGGAAGGCGUUGCGUCUCUCAGGAAAGUUACAUAAAGGCUACUUAAAGCGCAAACGUGUGAGUCAGAGUGGUGGCCAGUCCAGCACUGAAGAGGGAGAUGGUCCAGAUGGCAUGGCGGAGGUUGGAGACAGCCCAUCCGUGCGUAAACUGCCCAGACGUUGUGUGAGGCCACGAUCCUACUGUGACCUGCUUGAUUAUGACUCUGAUCUGGACAUCCUCACAAGCUCCCAGUCCACACCAGCUAAACGCAAGGCCCUUGCCGCCCGCAACACCGACGAAUUCUUGGGGGCUUGUUUGCAGGAGGAUGCACGACAUCGCAAGCCCAUCUUUCAUAGAGGAUCGUCUGGACGGCGUAAGAUCGAGAAGAGCCCUCUGGAGCAGACCCCCCCCAGUGUCCUGGCGGCUCUCGCCAACGGCUUUAAUCAGUUCGAGAGGGAGCCCUCCUCGGAACCCACGCACAAGAUCAGAGUCGACUUCAAGGAGGACUGCACCGUAGACAAUGUGUGGCAGAUGGGAGGCCUGAGCAUCCUGACCUCGGUGUCUCUGGUGCCACAGCACGUGUGUCUCUUGUGUGCCAGUCAAGGCCAGCAUGAGAUGCUGUACUGCCAAGCGUGCUGCGAACCAUUCCAUCGCUUCUGCCUCGAUCCCACGGAACGUCCGUCGGAGGAGAAGAAAGAGAAUUGGUGUUGUCGCCGGUGUCGGUCCUGCCAUGUUUGUGGACAUAAAAGCAAACUUUCAAAGCCUCUGCUGGAGUGUGAGCGGUGUCAGAACAGCUACCACCCCUCCUGCUUAGGGCCGAACUACCCCAAACCCAACAAACGCAAGAAGACAUGGGUAUGCAUGAGCUGCAUCAGAUGCAAGAGCUGUGGCGUGACCCCGGGGAAGAGCUGGGACACCGAGUGGAACCAUGACAAGGGCCUCUGCCCCGACUGCACCAGACUCAACUCCCAGGGUAACUACUGCACCAUCUGCUUUAAGUGCUAUGAGGACAAUGACUACGAGAGCCAGAUGAUGCAGUGUGCUACCUGCAACCACUGGGUGCAUGCCAAGUGUGAAGGCUUAACAGAUGACCUUUACGAGAUCCUCUCCAAUCUGCCAGAAAGUGUGGUGUACUCCUGUCAGCCGUGCACCACUCAUCAGUCCUGUCUGGAAGGGUCGCUGACGGGAGAGGGAGUGGGCUGGAGGGACCUGCUCCAGCUGGAGCUCCGCGCCGGAGUGGAAAAGGUUCUGGCCUGUCUGCUGAGCUCCACUCUCAGUCAGCACCUAGUCACAUGCAGCCAGUGCUCCAUUCAGCAAGAUUCUGAAGGUGAUUCUGAAGAGCUAGCAGUCUGUGAUCUCAAUUCCGUUGGGAAGAAAUUCGAUAAAGGCUUGUAUACCACUCUUAAAUCUUUCCAUGAGGAUGUGGUAGAGGUGAUCUGCAAGCAGAUGGAGGAAGAAGAAUCUCUGCCCGAAGACGAGAGGCCCACUGCUUUGGCCCGGUCUUACUAUUUAAAGCUGAUGGAGGAGGUCUUCACUUGGUUCAACAGUCAAGACCCUAAAGUUUGGGAAACCCGUGCUAAACAUCUUCCUCCGGGCAUACUCUUACAUGCAGUAAUGCCUCCCACCGCGGAGCACGUGUAUGCUCAAUGGUGUGGAGGGGACGAAGAGUGGGACCAGGAUGGGAGCAACGGUCUGCUUGCUGUGAACAUGGCAGACGUGUCCAACCUCACUACCCCACUCACACAUAACAUCAACAGUACAUUUAACCCAAAAAUCCACAGAGCUGCUGCCGGACUGAAGUCAAAAGGUAUGAAAGAAAGGCUGUCUAAAGUGGACAUGGACACAGGCUGGUCCAAGGAGGAUGAGAGGCAGUGUGCCCUUUGUCAGAAAUACGGGGACGCAAAAUCAAAUGAGGCAGGAAGGUUACUCUACCUCGGACAGAACGAGUGGGCCCAUGUCAACUGCUCCAUGUGGUCUGCGGAGGUGUUCGAGGAGGAUAACGGCUCCUUGAUGCACGUCCACAGUGCUGUAGCCAGAGGAAGACUCAUGCGAUGUGAGCGCUGUUAUCGGACAGGAGCAACAGUAGGCUGCUGUUUGACCUCUUGUCAGAGCAACUACCACUUCAUGUGUGCCCGCACUCGUAACUGUGUCUUUCAAGAUGACAAAAGAGUUUUUUGCCACAAGCACCGCGAUCUCAUCAGUGGGAAGAUGAUCACUGGCCAGGGUUUUGAAGUUCUUCGGCGGGUCUAUGUGGACUUUGAAGGGAUAAGUCUACGCAGGAAAUUUCUCACUGGACUGGAACCGGAGUCUGUUAACCUAAUGAUAGGUUCUUUGCAUGUCAGCAAACUUGGUAAGCUGACCGGGCUCUCGUCUAACCAAGGAAAGCUGUUUCCUGUGGGUUAUGAAUGCUCUCGCUGGUAUUGGAGCACCAAGAAUCCUCUUCGCCGCUGCAAGUACAAAUGCAGAAUUUGGGAAGUCAGACCACUGAUGCAGGAGAAGCCCGUGGAGGAGUGCCUAGACCAGGGGGACAACUGCACAAUAGCCCACAGCCCCUGUCCAAAUUCAGAAGCAGAAAGGAUUGAUGUCACCCUGUCUGACUGUCCUCCAAGUGAAAACAACCCCAGAGUAUCCCCAUUUGCUAGACCAGCCCUGGGAUCUCGACACAAAGUCCCCCAAAUUCGACGGCCUGCUGGAGGAAUGUCCAGGCCAUUGCCAUCUCCAGGUGCGGCUAGGACAAAAUCUCAUCAUAUACUGACUAUAAGUGACUAUGAUGAAACACUCCUGCCACGACGCCACAGUCCUCACUACCAAACUUCGAGCUCUCGUCACGCGACAGUUCCUCCUCUGGGAUCCUCCUCUGGAUCAUUUGCUCUCCGAGCUGGGGGAUCUAUGCACCCUAAAUCCUCCCAGUCUUCAUCUUCGUCUUCGCUGGUACCCCUUGGUGCUGCUGAAAACCUACUGACCUCAUCGAGUUGCCCUGUAGGUCGAAAUGCUUUCUCCACUCGUAUCCCUCACUCUACCUCUGGGUCGCUCGCCCAGCCACCCUGGCCAGGGGUCAUGGAUAGCCCCUCGACCUCUCUCUGUUCUCCCAAGCACUAUCCCCCAAGAUCAAGACUGUCUCGUGAGUCCAGUCACUCUGACUCUAUAGAAAUGCCACACAAUUUCACGUUGUCCUUUGGGAGUGUCUCAGCUGAGAAUGGUUCAUCGCUGCACGAGCCCAAGGGGGGGACACAGAGGCCUGGUCAUGUGGACCGUGGGCAGGAAUUUGCCUACAUACCUUUCCACGUGGACACAGACAUGACUGUUAGCUCCGAAUUGAAAGCCGAGCUUGAGAUCGAUGAAGCGUUAAUAAAUGAAGGUGUGGCUAUGAACUGUAGUGCUCAGAUUGAUGUGGAAGGAGAGAUAAACCAAGACGAUUUCUGGGACAGGGACUUGGACGAAGAGAAAGACAAGGGGCUCACUAUGUCUUGCACCACUACUACUGGUGCCUCGAGGGAAAACUGGGAUAAUGCCUCGUCUGAUGAGGAAAUGGAGAACUAUUUUGACUUUGCUCGUACAGUUAUAACCCAUCACACCCAGAAAGACACCCAGGCCCCUCUGUCUCCCUCCCUCAGGCCGAUACCUCAGCUCGAUGGUGUGGACGAUGGAACAGAAAGUGAUACCUGCCUAACCAAUGUAGACGUUCAGAAUCUGAAAUGCCCUGGUCAAAUCCCAAAUCCUCUGCAGUCAGCUGAAGUUUUACCAGCAGUUAAAACAAGUAAUGGUCUGAGCAUGCAGUUAGAAAUCCCAGUCUCUAACACUCAGCCUGAUCCCACUGGUGGACGCAAUCCAGAGGAGUCGAUUGUGGCUGGAUCAGUUUCCCUUUUUGAAACGAGUAAAAGCUUACAAGACAACAAAAGGCCAUCUUCUUUGACUAAUCCCAUCUUAAAUUAUGAAAACUCCCAAUCAUACAGCAUGUCCUCACAUAAAGGCAGUGACGCCUCUUGUCUGCCUUUGCCACAGAAAUCCACAUUCAUGGAAUCCCUUCAGGAAAAUAUUAAAAUGAACUUUGAGGAUUUGCAGGAUGAGAGUGCUCUUCUGUACCAAGGUCCUGGUUUGGACCUGUCUGUGGAAACACCGCUGAUCUUAGACAAGUGUGAGCCGUCUUCCCCGAGUAGUUUUACGGAGUUAGUGCCAGUCCAAGACGGUGUCUCAGUGGACACUCCAGAUUCGGAGAAUUCGAAAGAAAUGUACUUAGAUCCAAGUAAUGGGCACUUUGUAUCAUCUAUGAACGGCUACACUGUUUACACGCACCAAAUGUCAGGGUCGUCAUCGGUCAGUUCACUCCCAAAUGAUCUGAGUGAAAGUAAGAAAUCUGCAUCUGAUUUGAUUCAGCCAGGCUUUGUUACUCAAGGAGAUUCUCAACAGCCGUCGGUGCAUCGAUUACAGAGCAAUCCUACUGACCACCCUUUCUUUACUAUGUGCAAGUCUGUCUCUGCUCCCAGCCUCCCGUUGGGUCCUACGCCUCCAUCCCCUGUGGACGGUUUAAGGACUAAACUAAAGGCUCCGGUAGAAUGCCACCUAUCGGCUCCGUCUGUUCCCAUGGGAGGUGUGACAUAUGCAUCCACAGAAGUAUCACAACAACAGGAAUUCAAACCAUUUCCAACGUCAUCAUCUUCUACUCUGACCUAUAGUCCAGUUUAUCCCACUGUUUCACAAGCCCUGAGUUCUACCACACUUGGUUUCCUUGCAUCAUCAUCUUCAAUAACCUCUCAGACGCCAACUCCGUGCCACUCUGUGUUCUCAGUUCUACAGCCAGGCUCGGCUCCUCUGGUCAUAAAUGGAUACAACUCCAGUCGCGUUCAGAAGGAAACGACUUUGGGUCGGACCAUCUCUAUCAAUUUUUCAACCCCACGAUCAGCAAUAGAGCCACAACAGCAGAUAGUAAAUCAAGCGUUACCUGGUCAUGCAAUUCUGACUGUGAAGGAGGUAGGUGGGCCAAACGUUGAUCCUACUCCGCAUGUACUGCUUGUCAAUCGCCUUGGUCAGAUCUUCGUCAAAAAUCCUGAAAGCAAUACCUUUCAGCUGCCAAGUCCUAAUUCUCCCUCGUACAAUUGUGUCACUCAGAUCGCAAGCCUACUUCAAAGUAAUGCCUUUUCUGCAACAUUGGCAGCUGCAGGAACCAUGUCUGCCACUGCCCCAGUAGUUCCCUUGUCAACACAAGUUUCAAAAAUGAUGACUCCUGUUCAAAGUUCCGUUGCCAUCACUCAGUUAUUAAGUUCUAGUAGUAAUGGGGUGGACCUGGAGAUCAGAAAGUCCCAGAAAAAUUCUAAUUCUGCUGUACCUGGAUCGAAGAAACCCAGAAAGAAGAGAGAACCCUUGUUAUCGAAAAAGAGCAAGUCUGAAAUCAAACCAGACUCCAAAGGAAACCUUCCUCUUGUGAAAGCAAAGAUGUCUUCAGAUUCUACAAGCUCAGUGGACAGUGCUCAAGCUAUAAUCAAUCAGGCAAUGGCGGGCUAUUAUAACCCAACUCGGACUGUCAGUCAUACACAGAGUACCUCCUCCGUAAAAACCACCUCAGCAGUGGGCAAGGCCCAGACUCUGAGCUCUGUCCUCCCCACACCAUGUGUCCUCACUGAACCCGAGCCAGCAGCCACCCCUCCGUCAGAAGCGUCACGUCCACGUACCCAAGUGCGCAUAAAGAGGGUGUCCUCCAUCUCCGAUCGGGCCGGCACUAAGCGACCCAAGUCUGAGAUCGUGGAAAUGGAGCCCCUAUCUGGACCGGAGGACCUGUGCAAAGUGAGCUUGGCUGUGGCCAGUAGGUCUGGAGCUCGGAUUAAAGCUCCAACAGUCAAAGGAGUUCUAGACUUGGACAAGCUACAGGAAGAGGGUAGCAGCGACUCUGAGAGCAUAAGGCCUGGACCUUGGGACCGUUUGGCCAUGUCCCGAGCUGGAGACAAACUACAUGCCUGGGAAGGUGCAGGGCGAUACUCUAUGACUGACUGGAACAAGUACUCAGGUCCCACUUCUUCAUGUGAUGAGCUGCCGCCGUCCGAUUCAGAAGAUGAAACCAAGCCUAACCCAGACCAGCCACACCUACGCUUUGAGAUAGUCAGUGACGAUGGUUUCAGCGUGGAAGCAGACAGCAUUGAGGUGGCGUGGCGGGCGGUGACCGACGCCGUGCAGGAGGCGCGUGCUGCCCACCACCUGAAGCAGCUGACCUGCAUGGGCAUGAGCGGUGCCCAGAUGGCGGGCAUGCUCCAUGACGCACUGGUGUUCCUGGUGGAACAGCUAGAGGGCGCUCACCACUGUCUGCACCACAGCUUCCGUUUCCACAAGCAGGUGACCCAAGAAGAGGACCUGCCUGUCAACCCAAGUGGUUGUGCACGUGCUGAAGUCUACCUACGGAAGUCAACUUUCGAUAUGUUCAACUUCCUGGCUUCACAGCAUAGGCAGCUCCCAGACAUCGGGCCAUAUGAUGAGGAGGAGGAUGACGUCCCAUUGAAGUCUAUCAGACGUGUUACAAACCAGGAGCUUCCAAUGGCCAUGCGCUUCAGGCACCUGGAGCGGACCUCAAAAGAAGCUGUUGGCGUGUACAGGUCUGCCAUCCAUGGGCGUGGACUGUUCUGCAAAAGAAACAUUGAUGCAGGAGAGAUGGUCAUUGAGUACGCGGGCAUAGUCAUCCGCUCCGUGCUAACAGACAAGCGAGAGAAGUACUACAACAGCAAGGGGAUUGGCUGCUACAUGUUCCGCAUAGAUGACUUUGAGGUGGUCGACGCCACCAUGCACGGCAACGCGGCCCGUUUUAUCAACCACUCCUGCGAACCCAACUGCUACUCUCGCGUCAUCAAUGUGGAAGGCCAGAAGCACAUUGUCAUCUUUGCUCUGCGCAAGAUUUAUCGCGGCGAAGAGCUGACUUAUGACUACAAGUUCCCCAUUGAGGAUGAGAGCAACAAACUGAACUGCAACUGUGGGGCCAGGCGCUGCCGCCGCUUCCUCAACUGAUCACCCAGGGGACGGGCUUCUCACGGCUGCGAUUGAUAACAGAAUGGAUCACCACCAAGGGACUUGGGAUUGAAAACAGAAUUGCAGAAAAACAUCACAGACAUCUUUUCUUCAUUCACAGUGUCUCAUUUUCUAAUACGACGAGAAGAGAAAGGGCAACAAACAUUAUGGGUCUUCCAAAAUAAAUCACAGGACUUUUGACUUCUUCUCUUAGGCUGGUUGGUUGGCAUAGUCACGGCCAUCCACACUGACUCAACAUUUCAAACUGCAAAACCAUAACUUCUGUUUUCUGCAGGAUACAGAUUACGGGAGGGGAAGUGGAACAUUUGAGACUCCACACUUCAUUUUUGUCAUUCUUAAUAUGCUAGUGGUUAGAAAAAGGACAGGGGGUGGUGUUCAGUUAUCUUGGCAUGCUAGCUAUCUGCUGGGCUGAGGGAUUAUCCUUGAUGUUUAUUCAAACAAGAGACCAUUUCUUUUAAGGCCAUUAUCUUUCUAUUCCUUGAUUUUGCCAAAACAGUUAAUUGAUGUUUCUUACCCUAGAUCAGACAUUGGAGAUGGUUGCCAUAGUCUCGUUUCCUGUUCCUUCCCACACUUUCGAGUGCCUCUUCCUGUGUGACUGAAAGCUCUCUUUUUUUGUAAGAUUACUAUGGUGCUAGAAAAGCUCAGAGCUUUCUUUCUCAGGUUCUAUAACUGAAGUGUUGCUUCUUUUUGACCCAAGGGAGUAAUUUGUCAAUAUUCUCUCACUCUGAUUUCUCUAUUUGUUUUUGAGACUCAUACAAAUUUUUAAAGUGACAGUAGUUCAUUAGUGUCAUGCCAUUAUGAAAGAUCACAGUAGAGUAUUACUUUCUUGUUCCUUGGUCAUAAUAGAGAACACUAGUCAUUAUCAUGCAUUAUCAUAUUUGUCCUUUUGUAAUUACCUGUGAUAUUCAUUCAUUUAUGACAUGUGUUGUUGUGCCGUCACACCUGACUGCUGAGAGAUUCUCUAUCCAAAAUGUCAAAGUUUGAUUCCUAAUCCUCAGGCUGAAGCAUCAUUUGAACAUAGGCUGAGACUGCCAUGAACAGGUCCUGCUAGUCCGCUUUAUGUAUCCUGUCCUAUAAGGUCCAUUGCUAUAGUCUGUAGAUAAGUAAUGAUGGACCCUGAGCAGGUACUGUUGUAUUCAGGAUCACACAUGACUGUCUCAAGGGUCUGUGGUCUUGGUAUUCUAAAACAUUUAAAGAUACGUGUUUAUUCACUUCACAUUUUGAUGUGUUCUCUAUUUCAUCAGUUGUCUCGAAGGUUGUCUGCAGUUCUGUCAGCCUUGGUAACAUGGUGUUUUAUUUCACACACUUUAGCUCAACUGCUUGCGUAGCCAGACAAAUGGUCGAAGUUGUUUCAAUAUGCAUGUAAGUGUAUAUGCAUACUUUUAUGAAAAUACUCUCAAGGAAGUCAGAUUGCUGUCCAGUGCAGUCAUCAAAGAGCACCAGAGUACUUUGUGUGGUGGAAAACCAGCCCCAGCCUUCGCCCUGUCUUGGAAGAGUUUUGUUGACCUGUCCUCCCUGUGUCAUCACAUGAAAACUAGAAAAGAUGGAAUUCCGCAAAUAUUGCAAGGAUUCUACCUCAACUUGUUAAGCAAUGACAUCAAAACUAAGGCAACUAACAAAAGCUCCGAGAUGUUAUUGCCUGUUUUGUGUGCGAUGAAGGACUAUGUGACUAUUUCAUCACUAUUUCUUUUACUGCUGUUGAAAAUGGAUGCUCAAUUUUUUUUUUUUUUUAAACAUAUGAACAGUUUUUUUUUAAAAAAAGACAAAAUAGUGCAUAAAUGUGCAAAAUGUAUCCUUGUAACUUUGUACAAAAUGAACCCCAAGUUGUAAAUAGUUGUAUCAUAUUUCUAAAACGGAUUCAUUUUUCUAUGCACUUUUUUAUUUAUUGUUAUCUGAUUAAUAAAGCUGUUAAGACAUUUAAA